AUGGGAGGCGGCAGCUCGAAGCCCCACCCCCUCUCCCCGCUUAGGCGGUUGCCUGGAUACCAUCCGCCCGCCUCUCUACGACAGAGAAGAACUCUAUGGUCUCUCUUUAUCCUCGCUCUCCCCCCCUCGUCAGGGGCUCGGCGCCGACGUCAUCGGGAGCGGACACCGGCGGGAGGGGGCGACGCUCCGUCGCUUCCUCCUCCCCCUCCCCCUCAGAACGGUUGUGUGAGGAGGAGAGCGAGCGCCAGGCCGGCCGCCGCCGCGCUAAGGUUGAGCCUCGCGGGCUUCCGUCGCUCCUGGGAGGAGGAGGAGGAGGCCGCUCCGCAGCAGCAGCAGCCGCCGCAGCCCUCGCCGGCCACCGUCCGCCCGCGCGAAGCUUCUCGGCGGAGCCUCUCUCCGCCGCCGCCGCCGCCGCCCGCCCCCUCCCCGGGCUCCGUUCUCCUCACUGCCGUCCCUUUCCCCCUCAGGCGAUGGAGCGGCGGGGCCGCAGGCGGCGCGGCGGCCUCCUCGCCCUCGCCCCAGCCUGGCUGGCCGCCCGUCCUGCUCCUCCUGCUGGGUCCGGCGGCGGGAGCCGGGGUGGGAGCCGGAGCCGGAGCGGCCGCCGAGGCGAAGGAGUGCGACAAGCCGUGCGCCAACGGAGGGCGCUGCCAGCCCAGCACCGGCCAGUGCGAGUGCCCGCCGGGAUGGGUCGGCGACCAGUGCCAGCACUGCGGGGGCCGCUUCCGGCUUACUGGAAGUUCGGGGUAUGUAACAGAUGGACCUGGAAACUAUAAAUACAAAACGAAAUGCACAUGGCUUAUUGUGGGAAGGCCGAACUCGAUCCUUAGGCUCCGUUUUAAUCAUUUUGCGACGGAAUGCAGCUGGGACCACUUGUACGUAUAUGAUGGGGAUUCGAUUUAUGCUCCAUUACUGGCUGCUUUUAGUGGCCUGAUCGUUCCCGAGAGGGAGAGCAACGAGACGGUCCCAGAAGUUGUAGCCACCUCUGGUUAUGCUCUCCUCCAUUUCUUCAGCGAUGCGGCAUAUAACUUGACAGGAUUUAACAUCACCUACAACUUUGAUGUGUGCCCUCAUAACUGCUCUGGCAGAGGGGAGUGCAGGGUCACCAACAGCAGCAAAGUGGUUGAGUGUGAGUGUUCAGAACAUUGGAAAGGAGAAGCCUGUGACAUUCCAUUCUGCCCAGACGACUGUGGCUCCCCAGAGAGAGGGCUGUGCAACGUGAAUGGUACCCAAGGAUGUGUUUGCAACUCGGGCUGGCAAGGUACAGACUGCUCAGUACCUGUCCCAGCAAACCAGUCGUUCUGGACUCAGGAGGAAUUCUACAUCCCCAAACUUCCUAGAGCAUCUCAUAAAGCCGUAGUCCAAGAUGAUGUCAUGUGGGUAGUUGGUGGUUACAUGUUCAACCACACGGAUGCUCAAAUGGUUUUGGCGUAUAAUCUUCUUUCCGGAGAAUGGUUGCCCCUGAACAGCAGCGUGAAUGCAGUUGUGAUCAGAUACGGGCAUUCCCUGGACAUACACGAAAAUAAAAUCUACAUGUAUGGAGGCAAGAUAGAUGAAUCUGGAAACGUGACCAGUGAGCUCUGGGUGUUCCAUAUUGCAAACCAGUCAUGGGUUCACGUGACCCCAAAGACCAAGGAGCAAUACGCUGUCGUUGGCCACUCAGCCCACAUUGUCACGCGGGAUGACGGCUCUGUUGUGAUGCUGGUCAUCUUUGGGCACUGCCCUCUUUAUGGAUACAUCAGCAACGUGCAGGAAUACAACCUGGCCACAAAUACAUGGAAUAUUCUGCAAACAACGGGAGCCUUAGUUCAAGGAGGCUAUGGCCACAGCAGUGUGUAUGAUCCAAACACCAAGUCCAUCUACGCUCAUGGAGGUUACAAGGCGUUCAGUGCCAACAAAUACAGACUAACAGACGAUUUAUACCAGUAUGAAGUCAAUAAGGGCAGGUGGACAAUCCUCAGAGACAGCAAGUUCUCCCGAUACCUGCAUUCCGCUGUGAUCAUUAGUGGGACCAUGCUGGUAUUUGGAGGAAACACCCACAAUGACACUUCCAUGAGCCAUGGCGCCAAGUGCUUUUCUUCAGAUUUCAUGGCCUAUGAUCUAGCUUGCGAUUGUUGGUCCGUGCUGCCUCAACCUGACCUCCCUCACGACGUCAACAGAUUUGGACACUCUGCUGUGCUGAGCAACAACAAUAUGUAUAUAUUUGGAGGUUUUAACAGCCUGCUGUUGAGCGACAUUGUGAAAUACACACCGGAAAGCUGCGAAGCCUACAGCAAUGCAACCUCUUGCUCGGGGGCAGGCCCCGGGCUCCGAUGCGUGUGGAACAGCUCCACCCUCCAGUGCCUCCCGUGGGAACUGGCCACAGAGCAGCAAGAGCAAAAAGCUGCUGAGGAAUGCCCUUGCUGGACAGCUGUGGACCAUGACAAAUGCGAUCAGAUAACAGACUGCUACAGCUGCACGUCCAACACAAACCGGUGCCAUUGGUGCACCGACCAGUGUGUGUCAAGGAACAGCAACUGCUCAGAAGACCAGACUCCCAUUGCUGCGUUUGAAAAUUGCCCCAAGGAUAACCCUGCAUUUUACUGUAACAAGAAGACGAGCUGUAAGAGCUGCAGCCUGGAUCAGAACUGUCAGUGGGAAGGUCGGAAUCAAGAAUGCAUUGCUUUGCCUGAGAACAUCUGUGGGGCCACCUGGCACUUGGUGGGCAACUCUUGCCUGAGACUCACGCAAACGAAAGAUAGCUACGACAAUGCAAAGUUGAACUGCCGGAGCCACAAUGCCGCUCUGGCGUCGCUCACUACCCAGAAGAAGGUGGAUUUCCUUCUUAAAGAACUCCAGAAAACACAGUCAUCGCCAAAAGCCCUGACGCCCUGGGUUGGGCUGCGGAAGAUCAACAUAUCGUACUGGUGCUGGGAGGACAUGUCUCCCUUCACGAACACCUCACUCCAGUGGCUGCCUGGGGAGCCGAGCGACAUUGGGUUCUGCAGCUACUUGGCGGUGCCAAACAACCAAGGGCUGAAAGCAGCAACAUGCAUCAACCAAGUCAAUGGCAGCGUCUGCGAAAGGCCUGCCAACCACAGUGCCAAGCAGUGCCGUACCCCCUGUGGCCUGAGAACGGUGUGCAGCGAAUGCACCAGCAGCAACUCCGAGUGUAUGUGGUGCAGCAACAAGAAACAGUGCGUGGACUCCAGUGCUUAUGUGGCCUCUUUCCCUUAUGGCCAGUGCAUGGAGUGGCAUACCGUGAGCAGCUGUCCACCUGAAAACUGUUCUGGCUACUUCACUUGUGGGCACUGUUUGGAGCAGCCUGGCUGUGGCUGGUGUACGGAUCCCAGUAAUACAGGCAAGGGGAAGUGCAUUGAAGGCUCUUCCAGAGGUCCAGUGAAGAUGCCGCCUUCACCUCCACCAGCAACAGGAAAAUCCUACCUAGAGCCUGUCCUUGAUGUCAGCAUGUGCCUGGCUGAGAACAAAUACAACUGGUCCUUUAUUCACUGUCCAGCCUGCCAGUGUAAUGGGCACAGUAGAUGUGUCAACGAGAGCAUCUGCGAGAGGUGUGAGAACCUGACGACUGGCAAGCACUGUGAAACCUGCAUCUCUGGUUACUAUGGAGACCCCACAAAUGGAGGCACCUGUCAGCCUUGCAAGUGCAAUGGCCAUGCUUCUAUCUGCAACGCAAACACAGGGAAGUGUUUUUGCACCACAAAAGGAAUCAAAGGAGAGGAGUGUCAGCUGUGUGAGGUCGAAAACCGAUACCAAGGCAAUCCUCUCAAAGGAACGUGCUACUACACUCUCCUUAUCGACUAUCAGUUCACCUUCAGCCUUUCGCAAGAAGAUGAUCGUUAUUACACGGCAAUCAAUUUCGUAGCGACGCCCGAAGAGCAAAACAGAGACCUGGACAUGUUUAUCAAUGCUUCUAAAAACUUCAACCUCAACAUCACUUGGUCAACAAGUUUUGCAGCUGGCACCCAGGCAGGGGAGGAGAUUCCAGUGGUUUCAAAGAGCCAAAUCAAGGAGUACAAGGACAGCUUCUCCAAUGAGAAAUUUGACUUCCGCAACAAUCCCAACAUCACUUUCUUUGUCUACGUGAGCAACUUCACCUGGCCAAUAAAGAUACAGAUUGCAUUUUCACAGCACAGUAACUUUAUGGACCUGGUACAGUUCUUUGUCACCUUUUUCAGCUGUUUCUUGUCUCUGCUCCUUGUGGCCGCUGUGGUUUGGAAGAUUAAGCAGAGCUGCUGGGCGUCGCGGCGGAGAGAGCAACUGCUCCGAGAGAUGCAGCAGAUGGCCAGUCGCCCUUUUGCGUCCAUCAACGUUGCCUUAGAAACGGACGAGGAGCCACCCGACCUCAUUGGAGGCAGCGUAAAGACUGUCCCCAAACCCAUAGCGUUGGAGCCCUGUUUUGGCAACAAAGCUGCUGUUCUUUCGGUAUUUGUGAGGUUGCCACGAGGCCUGGGAGGUAUCCCUCCACCAGGGCAAUCGGGUCUUGCAGUGGCUAGUGCGUUGGUGGACAUUUCACAACAAAUGCCUAUUGCCUACAAAGAGAAGUCGGGAGCGGUACGAAGUCGUAAACAGCAGCCUCCAGCCCAGCCCGGGACCUGUAUUUGAUGCAUGGACAUCUGAACUGCCUCUUUAGGGUUUUAAACACAAGGGAUUACCUGGGAGGAGGAGGACAGAGGUGUGGUUUUUUUUGCAAGGUUUGUGUCGCAAAGGACACCUCGAAGCACCGGGCGCAAUGUUUCUGGGGAGCAUCCAGCCCUUCCUGCUGGCGUUGUCUUAGUUGGCCUUGUUUUCGACAUCCACUCCGUCUUAGAUUUGCCAAUCCCGUCGUGCCCGCCUGGCUCCCACGUUUUUGCAUCUCCCUCCCCUAUCCAGCUAAAGGCCGUUGGUUGCGAAUCCAUUAUCCGUCCGCCUCUACCACUGAAGGUUGGCAGUAGGGAAAAGCCACGGGAAGACAAAGAACACUCGGCUUUUUGUAUGUGGAAAGUGCUUUGUGAUAUUUGAUUCUCUUCCCCACACCCCUUCCCUGGUCGUACAAGAAAAGCUGCAGCGCUUACAGAUAAUUUUCUGCCCUCGGCAGUUAAACCCCCAGGAUUUAAGGAGAAGCUAACUCAAUUUCCUCCAGGAACCCAGUGUUGUAAAAAAAAUUCUAUUUAUUUCUCUCUUAUUUAGAGCUCUGUUCCAAAUACAAUACCUUCAUUGGGGCUGGGGUUAUGUUUGCCGCUUUAUUUUCAUCCACCUGACUGUAUUAAAUCGAGGGAUGUUGUGGCUGGGUGCUACGCACUGCAGCACAUUGCCAGGGGAAAAAAACACACCUCCCUUUUCUGGGAAGAUUAAUGUUUUUCACGUGGAUCUAUGUGGCAGAUCUGUGUGCAAGUGUUCCCAAGGUUUUAAAUAGAACCAAGGCAGCAAAGGGGAAUUAGCAUAGCUGGCCUCUUGCGUAACUACAUUCCUCAGUUACCCUGGGCAAUCCGUGGCCUUUUCCGCGCUGUGCCCAGUUAACGGGCGCAGAGCAUAAGGAUGCUAACCUGUUUCAGGCUGAUGGAGCCGUGGUGGUUGUCGGGGGGCCGGGGUGGGGGGCUGGAAUGCUUCCUAUUUAUUGUCAUUUCACAUCGUGCAUCUGCUUCCAUUCAAGGCAGAUGUUCCCUCUUUUGGGCGCCACCCCUCUCCCACACGCCUUUUUAUUUUACCUCACUUGAGAACGAAUGUGGGGAAAACCACUUUCUGCAUUACAGCGGAUGUGCUCUGAAGAGUGGUCCCUUCUGUUUGAACAGCUUACAUUGCUCGCUCCUCCCCGAUACCUAUCAAUAAUCCUGCACACCCGGAAAGUGUACUCCUGCAAAGGCAAGGGUAGGGUCUGAAUUAACUCUGAAGCAUCCCUUAGCCAACCUGGUGCCCUCCAGAUGUUUGGGACUACAACUCCCAUCACACUGUGCUGGCUGGGGCUGAUGGGAGUUGUAGUAAGCAUCUGGAGCACCUUUCUCAAUCUUGGGUACCCAGAUGCUUUUGGCCUACAACUCCCAGCAUCCCUGACCACUGGUCCUGUGAGCUAGGGAUCAUGGGAGUUGUAGGCCAAAAACAUCCGGGGGCCCAAGGUUGAGAACCACUGAGCUGGAGGGUGCCAGGUUGACGUAAGGUGCCCCAAGGAGAGGCUGGGAGACCUGAGCGUGGCACCUGGUGGCACCCUUUGAGUGCCUUCUCAAGAAGUUGAGGUGCGGCUUCUCGGUUGGCCCAGGGGCUGGACUGCCAUUGCAGAUUGAGAGCCACUUACAUUGCUCUGGCCUUGAUAAAUCCUGGGCAGUUAACCAGGUUGCCCGUUGUACGUUCCAGACAGAAACCAGCAGAAACCUGGGGUUUUAUUAGCUUGGCAGCCAGAGAAGCAGGAGCCUUGAGAAGCAAGAAGUGUUGGCUUUGGCACUGUCUCCAAAUCGAGCGGGCAUUGCAGAGUCGGCAUGUGUUCGAAGUUGCUAUAACUCAGGUUUUCACUUGCUCUUAACACCUAUUGCGUUCCCUCUGAAAAUCACUCGCAUGUGUGUUCAGAAGGGAGCAACCAGGCUUCCAAAACAGGGCAGGGAUAGUCAGCGCACCAUCCCAUUUUGCCCAAACUGUGUCCCACUUACAAUGGAACCGCUGGCGGCUGCUUGGCGGUGCAUGCCAUCCCAGCCCACGCAAGGGGGUCGUGGGAGCCAGUCCAUUAGCCAUAGCAAGAGUCGCGAUGCAAUUGCACUUUUGCCGCCGAUGGAGAGCGUUCCCGUUGCCUAAAUGCAUGCAGAAAGCAGCAGCAAAGGCUCCCGUCACUGUAGCAUUGCUUCCACUCCAGCGGCUGGGAGCUGCCCCUGAUGCCACACUUACUGGAGAAACCCCUGUGCCACCCUCUCAUCUGGGCACAACACACUGCUGGAUCAAGGCUGCUGUAGCCUAGGAGGAGGCAGCUAUGUUUGGCCCUUAAGUGCGGCUGCCGCCCCCAAUAGCAUUUUUCUGGCAAGUUCUUCCCCUGCACAGAUCUGGGGCUUGUGCUCCCAGCAUCCAGGUGGGGGACAGUAGCUUGAAACAUAAAUGCGAUAUUUUUUUAGCAGUGUCGCAUGUUGCAGCUCCUAUAGUUACACCUGGAGUAACUGCAUCCCUUUCCCCAAUCUACCCCCUUUUCCUCUCUUGAACGCAGUAAUGUAUUACAGCUGUAUUUUGAGCGGACUCAUGGGGAUGGGGAGGGAGUGGAGAUGAGAGAGGCAACGAUCUAGACUCCUUGGAGGUGCAUGCAUGUGCAUUGCGCGACUGGAAUUAGCCGCUCAUUUGCAUCUCGCAAUGAACGAACGGUGAGCGACCAAAGCUUUCUUGUUCUGGACUGCCUGGCCAGAAAUGUUGUCGUUGUGCAUAUUAAUGAACCUGUACUUCUUGAACCCUACAGAACUGGAACAAACGUACAAUUAAAAUAGCAUCUCUCUCCCUGCCCCUCCCCAAUUUGCUUUGUUGAAGCUGCACUUGAAUUGACUUGUCCUUGGGGAGAAGUGGAAGGCAGCAAAUUACCUCUCGAAGUCCAUUUUUGCAGCAUUAAGGAGCGUGCCGCCUUGGGGAGGCUGUGUGGGUUUUGUGUGCGGUAGAAAAGAGCCUGAAUCUGCCAUGGCAAAGGCGUUGACAAGAGUCCGGGAUGAACCAAGAUCCCUUGCCCGCUUCCUGCUAAGCACCCGUCUCCUGGACCUUCCAGUUAGGAUCACAGAUCUGAAGAUCUGGGAGUGGAGGACUUGUUCCCAUUCAGCUUGCUCCAGUAUUAUACUACCAGUGUCGCUUCCGUUGAGACACUGAGGAGUUAGGGGAGUGGCGCUAACAAAGUUCUCUCCCAUCACCAUCGCUCAAGCAGAACUGGGAAUCCCAAUCUCCAAAAAGAACUGCACCACGAAAAUCACGGAAAGCCUGCAGAGUUAAUCCAACCACUGGACUGCAAUGCUCCCAAAAUAUGAAAGUAAAAUUAUUUGCCAAAAAAAUAAAGUGUGUGCAUGUUUCGGGGAGGAGAUCUGUUUGAAGAACUUCGGGUCUUAGUUCCAUAAAUGGCAUACAAGUUGAUUUAAGGAAUAACCUCUUGUGUCAGAGAAGGCCUUCGCGACCCCCAUUUUCCAUGGACUACCCACCUGUGCCGACAGACCAACCUGAAGUCGAUGGAAGUUGUGCGGGAACACCUUGAAAUGAGCAGGCCUUGUACAACUCCCCCAGCUGAUUCUGGUGUUUUGUGCCAGCUAAAUUCUGCUUUUCAAUGGAGGGUUGUUUCCCCUGGGAAGCGGAGGAGUUAGGGAUCUUUACAGAGAUUCGCCUUUCAAGCCAUUAUUUCAGAAUCUGAAUUUUGCGGCUUUUGAAGUUCUGGAGGCAGCUGGAAUUGAGAUCUCUGUAGGGGGGCACUCUUUAAUACCUGGGAUAUAUAUAUAAUUGUUUCUGUUCUCAAACAGUUCCUCGGUCAUUCAUCUCCUCUGGUGAGCACCUGGGAGCCUGCUGCCAUCCAAGAAACUUCUAAGGUGUUCCGUUUGGACCUGUGAUUUGUACACAAAGGCAGACGAGUAUCUCUGGCGAUGCGGCUUGCGUGUCCUUCGGAGCUGUCAGGCCACAAAUGUUCUGUGUCACAGAUGCCAAAGCCCCGGCUGUCUCUUGACUGCCUGGUGCCUGAGAUUCUCUUCCCUCCCCUCCUGGAUCUUAUCCAUGAAUAAUGUAACCUAACUGUGGCGAAUUGCAAACGCUUGAAGAAUGACAGGCUGUGAAAGCACCCCUUGACAGGUAUCUGCUGCCGUCUAGUUACCAUGCACACUGUAUUAAGGAGGAAAGAAAUUCCCCCACGGAGACCGCCGAUGUGUGAGAAUAUAUUCACUUGGUUUCCACUGCGCUUUUAGAAUUACUGUCGGAAAUGGGCUUUAUAUAUACACAGUAUCUGUAUAUCUAUAAAAUGAAGGCUGAGACCUUGGCUAUGAGUUUAGCGUUGGAGCAAAGAAGCUGAGCUGUGAACCAGGAAUCCAACCUUUUCCAGGAACUCAGUAAGUGGUCUUAGACAUAUAUAUAUCCCCCCCCCAACCUGCAAUUCUGUGCCACCUUACAGGGUUUUUGAGAAUGUGUUUCAGAAAGGAGGAGCAGCUCAGACCCUAACUGGCUGACCUCCAAUCUCUAUCUCAAACCCCUUCCCCGAAUUUCUGGACUCUUUCCCAUUGUCAUAGGUCCGGCUUGCCUGACCCGCUGCCAGCCAGAUGUAGCCCCAAACAUCUGGCAGGACCCAGGGUUGCGAUGGCUGCCCUAGCUAAACAUUAAGAGGGCGCCGACACAGAACUGAUUUCCUCACUCGUAAUAGCUGUAAACCAAAGCCCGCUGCAAACCAUCCUAGUAGCAGCGACUCCUUGUUACUCUUAGGGUGAUAUCAUAUUCACGCACAAAGCAAAAAUAGCCUGCAGGCUGAGCCCCUGUAUUAUGCACAGAUCUCUGGUGGGGAUUGGAGCCCCAGGUCCACAGCCAGCACGUUGCAGCGCUGCGUCUCGCUAGAAGCAUGUGGACCUUGUCUGGUAUUGUUUGACAGCUGCUCCGAGGCGACCUGGCAAAAAGCACCCAGUUGUGCUGGUUUGUCAAACCAGUGACUCAUUUGUCUCCCCCCCCCAAGUGUCUGGAGACUCAAGCCUGUGUGUGACCCAGCUCAGCUUUCCUAAUGGGAAACCCAAAAUUUGGGGAGGAAGAGCUUUUGUAAUUCAGGGCUGGGAAGGAUGGAGACCCAAACAAGUCUGUCUACCAUAGCCGUGUGGGAAAUAACUCUGCCCGCCCUGCAAGGCAGGCUUCCCCAGUGUGGAACAGGAGCAGAAGCGACUUGUUGCAGUGCAGCAGUUGAGUGAAAAACUUGGCUGUGCAUGAGGCCCUGAAAGACGCUGUGGGUAUUGAAAUCUCCCCUGGGACAGCAGUCGCCAAUGUAGCGCUCUCCAGAGGUGAGAUUGCAACUCCCAUCAUCUCUGGCUAUUGUGGCCAAUGGGCAGGAAUUGUGGGGGUUAUGCUCCCAGCAACCUUUAGAGAGCACCACAUUGGCCUUGCCUGCUGUUCCUUGAGAAGACAAGUCCCUCCAGGCCUCAUCAGGCAAGGGCUUGUGAACAGAGCCCUUCGAGUUCGGACUUGAGGAGCCACCCAGUCCAGGAGCCUGGUUUUCCCCCAAAGGAGCUGACCAAAUGCAUCUGGGAAGCUGGCAAAAGUGGGGCACGAUGGCAAGGGCAACAUAUCCAGAGAGAGAAAGAGACUGCCUUUCCGCAGGCCAGCUCCACCUACAGCCAUCUAAGCCCAAUGGGCACCACCAACGUGGUUUGUUUAAUUGCCAAAACCACCGCUUGCGAGUUUCUCUUUCACUUCCCCCCACUUCUAACACCUAUUGAAGAAGUUGGGAUUCAGGCCAGUUGUCUUGGCGGCUUCCUCUUCCCUUUCAGCUGCUACUUGAAAUAACUUUUGCUGGGUUGUGUCUUAUAGAUGCAGGUUGGUUCCUCCUUUGUGCGGCUGCUCUGUAGGUAAGCGUCUUCGGCCAAGAGGCCGGCGGCGCUUUUGUCUUUCUGUUCUUCUCAUAAACCGCGGCACCAGACGCUACCUUUUUCCUAGCAGCUUCAAAUUUUAAAAUUCAGGAUGUGGUUAGCUGUGCUGCUUCACGUUGCCCCCCCCAACCAAAACCAACCUCUCGACUCUCCCGCCUCUCUGCAAAACUCUUCCAACAAACUUUCUUUGUUUUCCCAGAAAAAAAAGCUUUUUUUUUUUUUUGCGUCUUCCAGAUUCAGAAUGCUUUUGACACUUUUGAGCCUGGUCUCUUCGCAUCAGGAAUCUGCUCCAGCACUUAAACCGGGAUGGGGGAAAUUAAGUGAAAUUUGUCAUGGUGUGUCAAAUAAUGUCGGCCCUUGAAACAGCAAAAGAAAAAAGCCCUUACAUUUCUAUUACUCUGAAAUUUGUGCACAAAGAGGUCUUUUCUGUAGAGUUCUUGAACUAAUUUUCUCUUAGGAAUUUCUUUCUGUUUCUCCUCCCCCUACAGUUCUUUCUUUUCCUGGUGUGGGGGGAAAAACACUAUUCUUCUGUAUUUGGACCUGAGCUUAGUUUUGUUCAUAUGUAUAAUUUAGCCUUUAUUGCAUUCAUAUGUAAAUAACGAGUAAGUAUUGUAAAGUAUUUCAUUGCUGGGGUGGGGAUGGUAUAAAAAUACGCAUUUUAGGGCUGCUGGUUUUUUGGUAUUUUUUUGUAUUGUAAAAAACAAAACAAAAUAACAGCUAAUUUAAAAGCAGGAACAAGGUGAUGAAUACGUGCAUUUUAAAACACCAAUGUGAAGUAUAUGUAUGUAAAUAAAAGUAAAUAAUGAACAAAAACUUUUUUCCCUUCUGGAAUAAAAAGAAGACGAUCUGGUUAAGAA